CACGGACACGGCGACGGCUCCUUUAAGAAAAACUAAGUCAGAAAAUAUCACCCCUCCUUCUUCAGAUCUCACUUGGCUGGUAUUGCAUCAAAGAAACCUUCAGUAGAGUUGCAAGUGAUCGAGGAGACGAUGGGGACUGUUUUUGAACAUCUCUACAUGAAUAUCUAAGUAAGGGAAGCGCGCAACGAGUCAUCUUUAAUUAAGCCCUUUUGACAACCUCGAUAUUGAUUGACAGCUGGGUUGAGGAGUGAGACGACUGUUUCCUAAGAGGAGCAUUUUACGCCAGUCUUCGGUCGUGCAGACCGUAGUAGUGUUGCCUGUGGACGUUGUCCUGGAGAAAGCGAAGGCACGACUACUGUGUGUUAUUGUCUGUAGGACUUAUGCUGACGAUCUGGCAACCAUUCUCUCUGGAGAGAAGCAAACGGGAUUCUUAAUCUUGCAUUUGGAGUUUGGUGUUUAUUUUUCCUCAGCCCUGGCCUCGUAGGAGACAUUUGGAGACCGAGGGAAUCGGAUAGAGUGACAGGCCGAUGGCGCAACGGUAUGAAGACCUUCCCCAUUAUGGAAUGGACGGAGUAGGGAUUCCUUCCACGAUGUACGGGGACCCUCACGCGGCACGGUCCAUGCAGGCGGUUCACUUGAACCACGGGCCUCAGUUCCAUUCCCACCAGUACCCGCACACCACACACGCCAACGCCAUACCGCCCAGUAUGGGCUCCUCCGUCAACGACGCUAUAAAAAGAGACAAAGAUGCCAUUUACGGGCACCCCCUUUUCCCACUUCUAGCACUGAUUUUUGAGAAAUGUGAAUUAGCAACUUGCACGCCGAGAGAAACUGGGGUCGCUGGAGGCGAUGUAUGUUCCUCGGAGUCUUUCAAUGAGGAUAUAGCAGUCUUUUCAAAACAGAUUCGAUCGGAGAAGCCUUUAUUUUCGUCAAAUCCAGAAUUGGAUAAUUUGAUGAUACAGGCAAUUCAAGUUUUACGGUUUCAUCUGCUUGAACUUGAGAAGGUUCACGAGCUAUGCGACAAUUUCUGUCAUCGAUACAUCAGCUGCUUGAAAGGAAAAAUGCCCAUUGAUUUGGUCAUAGAUGACAGAGAUGGAAAUAAAUCAGACACUGAAGAUUUUACUAGAUCAUCUGGAAAUCUUGAUCAGAUCUCGUGGAGCAGAGACCACGAUGACGCGGCUUCUAUACGGUCCACGGGGACACCGGGGCCCUCCAGCGGGGGCCACACGUCACACAGCGGAGACAACAGCAGCGAGCAAGGUGACUGUCUGGACAACGGGGUGGCUUCUCCCAGCACGGGGGACGACGAUGACCCCGACAAGGACAAGCGGCACAACAAGAAGCGGGGGAUCUUCCCUAAAGUGGCCACCAACAUCAUGAGGGCGUGGCUCUUCCAGCACUUGACGCAUCCUUAUCCUUCGGAAGAGCAGAAGAAACAACUGGCGCAAGACACCGGGUUAACUAUUCUCCAAGUCAACAACUGGUUCAUCAACGCGAGACGGAGGAUAGUUCAGCCAAUGAUUGACCAGUCCAACAGAGCAGGCAACCAAGGAGGGCCAUACACCCCAGAUGGUCAACCAAUGGGGGGCUUCGUCAUGGACGGCCAGACACACAUGGGAAUCAGACCACCUGGCCCCAUGGGUGGUAUGGGCAUGGGGAUGGGGGUGGAGGGACAGUGGCAUUACAUGUGACCCUUCAUGGGAGAACCUGGUGUACGGCAGAGGGGGACGCACUAACGAGCAAGAUCUAACCUGGGGAUGGUAUGUCACCGGGGUGGCACGACGGGCAUGGACAAGGGCAUCACUCUGACCUCAACAGGUGCCCAUCCUCCUGGCCUGUGCCACUUUCACCUCUCCCCUCCAACCUGCCCGGGACUGGACCUCUUGGCGCAACCUCCCCCUGCAGGGGGUUUGAAACCUCCAACCUCCCCACCUACCCUACCCCCGAGAAUCUACUGUUGGUACUGUCCAACUAUGACCUGGAGACCUCAGAAACCACAUGCCUUCCUGGGACUGACUCUACAAGGCUCAACUUGUGACUACAACUGCAGGAUGCCCAGAAGACAUUUUUAACUUCACCAAAACAGUACCUCGUGCUUUUUCUCUCCUCCUCUGCUGCAUGCAAAUGAGGAGGGGUGGUGGUGGAGGACUUCUUCUAGCAAACAGACUUUAAGCAAGAAGAAAUCAGAUGUCUAUCACCUGGGGAUGUAUCUCAACACAGGCACCCUGGAAGCUAUGUGAAAGAACUGAAAUGGUCCCACUAGUGAAUGGAAAAUUGGCAAUAAGGUCACGAAUCGAGUGCUGUUUACUGUUGUACGAUGAACUCUCUGCAGGCGAGAGAUUAACAUUAACACAACUCAUUGCAAGUGCUCCGGUAUUGCUUUUGCAUACUACGCCGUUUUUUUCUCAAAGGAUUUGAUUUGUCUUAUCUUUCACACUAUGUGUGUGUCUUUUUUUCUCUCCUACACACCCCUUUGCGUUUGAAAAUAAAAAGAAAUAAGUGAAAUGACUAGUUAUUUAUUUUUGGGGCACUAUAAACAAUUAAGAUGGGAACCAGCUGCUACGGGUGACAACAAAAAAACAUGCUUCUUAAAUAAGUGGUUUAAAGCUGCCGCUAUAGCCCGGUUUCUUACAGACAGACUUACAAUUGUAGAAACUGGGGAUUCAAUCAGUGCUUUUAUUAGUCCUCAUCAGGCCAAGCCCAGUAGUUACUCAUCAAUUUUGUCUCUGUGGUGGAAAAAGGUUUGCGAGGACCUAGUGGUGGUGGGGGUGAAGCAAGAGACGCUAUCUCUCAUUCCUCUUUGGUUUCUCAGCUGUUGGUCGAGGUGUGGUUGAGAGAAACAGUGUCAGGGGCCAAAAGGUUGGUCUGUCAGAGGUUGUCACGUCUAAUACACACCGAUGAAGGACCAGGUGGGCUUGGGGGCCCCCUAAAUGACCCUUACAUUUUUGGGGACCCUAAACAUGAUGCUGUUCAUGUACGUUGUGGUUAAGUAUUGAAAUCCCUGAUGGUGUAUGUUAUUGAGGGAUCUGAACACUCAGGUUAAAACCAAAAUAAUGAUACGUUUUUGAUACAAUUUCGAAGUAUUUUGUGGUGACUGAAACGUUUUAGAAGAAUUAAGUACUGCUAUGUCUUUCCAGUUAGUCGAGAAAGAGCUGUGGUUUUGAGUAGGCAUAGUUGUGGUGUUAUGUGUGGAACACUUGCAUUGUUCCAAAUAAAAAUAUGCAUUGCUGUAUAUCAUGUGAAA